AUGGGUAAAACUAAAAUUUACUCGGUUGGUUUCACCGUCCACGAGGCUCAGACCCUUGUCACCGAGAAAGGACAACCUGUUGACCCAUUGGUUGUCGUUCGAUGCUGCGGCCGAGAGUACCGCACAGAAAUCAAGUAUGCCAAGUCUAAUGUGGUGUCGUGGGAUGAGUCCCACACCUGGACAGACUUGUGCCUUACUGAUGAAGAAUGGGAGACAGCUUACAUUACCUUCGAAGUUCAAGCGGCGAACGCGUUCUGGCGAAACACUCUGCUAGGUUUGGUAUCUGUGCAGCUGAGAUUGAUUCAGCUGCGUAAAACUCACCAGAUUCGCAAGGCGUUACCUCUUCAGCAUCCCGACGAUACCGACGUCCAUGGCAGUUUACGUGUCACAGUCUUUGCCUGUGCACCGGGGGAAGCACCGCCAAGUCCGGGAGAGGAGGAAGUUCUCGAGGAAGAGGACCACAACGACUACGAUGAUCUUCGCAAAGCAGUCAUUGACACAAACCAAGUCGUGGAACGAGAGGCUGGGUCGCGACUGUACCAUGUCUACGUGACAGCAUAUCGUGUUGAGGAUCUUCCCCGCUCCAGCAAAGGUGCCCGUGACCCAUUCGUCACUUGCGAGUUUGCAGGAUGUAAAUUAAAGUCGACACAAGCUCGAGGCUGCUGCUCCCACACCUUCAACGAGUGCUUCCGCUUCCCGGUCGUGACACCGCUUCCAGAAGACGCCAUUCUCAUUAAGAUUUGGGACUGGAACUUCAUGAAAGCGGACGAGCUCAUCGCUGUGGGCAGGAUAUCUUUUUCGGAGCUGCGAACUCGCCAGAUGGUUCCAAGGUGGUUCAACCUCUAUGGCUUUGAUGACGAGGAAGUCGCACAAGCGACAAAAGUGGCAGGUCAAGGUGGACGGCUCGUUGCCAACUGCUAUCUGGGGCGAAUUUUGCUAGGUGCCCGGGCAGAGCGUCUGACAAAGGAGGAUGAUCUUAUGCCCGCUCAUACAGUUGCAGCGCGGCCGUAUGAGACCCCUCCCGUUAUUCCUCUUGCCGUUCUCGCCGACGUGUAUGAGGUGCAAGGCGCGCCAGGGGAAAAGGUCUCUGUCGAAAUCUGGUGCGGUCCCGCAAGAGCCCGUACCAAGUGGGUCACGGGUCUGGAAACAAAGGCGGCUCAACGCGCGGGUGUUGCACCUCAGGCGUUUAAUCGCGCCAUGGAAGGAGCCUUAGGAGUAGCCAGCUACCUCAGAGGGGAUAUUCCAGAGGGAGAGGAUCGGUUUCCGUUUGAUAAUACAGAAGGAAGAGUGGAAGACCUACGCCUCGUGGUGCCGGAAGAUACGAAGCAACAGUGGGACAUCAUCAUCAGCCUUUACGUCCGUGGCACCACCAAGGGCUUCAUGGGCGAUACCAGAAUCGCUUUCCAGCGGCUCAAGAUGUCGAAGAUCCCCGGGCAUGUGCACAACAACCCCCGUGCUCCUAUUUGGGUGCCGCUUAUUUCCACGCCGCCUUUUGAGAGCGUGAAACCCGCUCCAGCCAUUCUCAUGGUUAUUGAAAAGUCCAAGGUCGAGGCGUUUGCUCGUUCAAAGCGCAAGCAUGUAACCGCAGUGGGUUAUCAGUUGCGGGCCUACGUCUACGCGGCUCGGAAUCUCUUGUCUCCUAGUGGAGCCCUUCCAAACCCUUUUGUUCAGGUGGCCUGUGCAGGGACUUCACGAGAGACAGAGGUCUUCGAGCAGACUUCCAGUCCUGUGUUCAUGGACUGUCUCCUUCUGGACAUUACAAUGAUGACGGACCCCGUCUCGAGGCUGCCGACCGUUGCUCCUAUUGUAGUGACUCUCUUCGAGCAGCGGUCCUGGGGGAUACAAUUUCUCGGCCGGGCGACAUGCCAUUACGAUCGUCUAAGGGGACGACUCAAGCCUGGAGAAUCCCCAACCGUGGCAGAGCCUCGGUGGAUCAAGUUGCGAGGAGGAAAGUACGCAAAUAGGCACCUGGGUGAUGUUUUGUUGCUGCUGGAACUCAUUCGGAAGCGAGAUGCGGAAAUUAUUCCGGCCUUCCCCAUGCGUCCGGUGGUGAAUAUGUGCAAUCUGACGUUUUCCUGUCUUGGAGUACGAAGUCUGUAUAUGACCCAGCGAGCCAAGCGACUGGACUACGUGUCCAUCCGCAAAGGCCAAGAUAAGAAAACUGAACUGCGGCGUAUCAGGGGGCCUCUUUUGCGCAUAUCUGUCUCUUCAUAUGCCUCGGCGGGACGAGGUAACAAUGAAGCAAUUUUGCGCUAUGAGCGGAAUCUUCCCGAGGAUCCCACGACCGUGAACAAGCUUUGGACUACUGUCACCAAGGCUGCAAAUGCAGACAUUUUCAAAGUCGUCAACAUGGAAAUCGACGUGCCGGUGGACCCUAUCUAUGAUCCUCGGUUGGUUGUUCAGGUGUAUGACAGGAAGCAAAAGCCAAAGUAUUUCAUCGGGGAAUACUCGAUGUCUCUCGUUCCCCUCAUUCCGUGGGUCCUCGAUCAGCAAAGUGCUAUUGAGGCUGUUUCACCGGUAAACGACUUCACCGAUACAGUUGACCUCAAACACCUCGGUGGCUUGUUGCGCGGAUUUCAUGGGAAUUCCAAGAACCGCGGGACCGGACAGAUUGGCCUAGAGGCUCUCAGUGCUGCUGAUCGGGAAACUGCGGACGCACACAAGGAAAAGACCCUCGCUCAGUCCAGAUUCGCAACAUAUGACCCAGAUAACAAGACGUUUUCGGACUCGUGGCUUCUGCCAAGUGGGCUUCCGAAGAUCCUUGUAUCCAGCUACGCAGUUCCUGGAUUUCGCUGCGACGUGAUCUAUACUAACAUGUUCACGUUGAACGUGUACAUUCCAGCCAAAUUUGUGUUGUUUGCUGAAGGAAAGCGAGCCGCAGACAAGAAGACGAAGGAACAAUACGCCCGCCCUUCGGUUGACUCGACACUGGAACAGUUCCUCGACGAUGUCAUUUUCCCUUCCGACAGUUUGAAGAAGUCGGUUAUGGGUGACAUAGACGUCACAGGCUUUGUGAAGUUUUUCGUCAACCUGACACAUCACGAAGAACCGAACCCGCAUGUUGACUCAUCCGCGGCGGAGUGGGCAAGCAGCGAAGACCGCAUGCGGCGACACUUAAGAGGCGAGGAUGCUUACCCCAAGUUGCUGAAGAUCCGGGUAUACGUGAUUCGUGCCAUCAGCUUGUAUGUGGGAGACGAUCGGAUUUUACCAAACCCGUACCUCCUUUUCAACCUAGGAGACAAAUCGGACACGCUGCGCGCAGAGGCAAAGCCAAACACACACAAUCCCGAGUUUUUUACAGUGUGGGAGAAAGAUGUGAUGUUUCCGGAUGACUCCCAAUUCGAGCUGCAAGUGUGGUCUGCCCAUGAGGGAACCUCUGGAGGGUUGGACGAUAUUUUCAUCGGUAGCACGUGCAUUGACCUAGAAGAAAGGUGGUUUUCAAAGGAGUGGCAAAAAUCGAUGUCGAAGAACCAGGUUCCAAUGGAAUAUCGUCCAUUAAAGCAGAUGCCGAGUGGGUCGUUCAAGGGAACAGUCGAGAUGUGGGUAGAGCUCAUGGAUUUUCAGAAGGCCGGAGAGGUCCCCAAGUUCGAUUUGCAGAGCCCCGCAGCGACAGAAGUUGAAAUCAGGGUUAUUGUGUGGGGUGCGCGGAACUUGAACUUCAAGGCGCUGGGCAAAGACUUCGUUGACGCCAUGAUCCGCUGCAACCUAGACUGCACAGGUUACCGAGGUUCUCAGCCUAUCGCACAACAAACCGAUGUCCAUUACUAUUCAAAAACAGGUGCCGCAAUUUUCAACUGGCGCAUGGUUUAUUCAAGAGUGGUAAUGCCUGUCAGCACUUGCGUGCUUCAAAUAGCCGCCUACGACAACCGAAACAUGGGAGAAUCGCCAUUUAUUGGCGAGGUUAACCUGGAAUUGAGGCGGUACUUGGAACGUGUUGCGAGUACGCUUAACAGCAUUGACGUGGACGCGGAGCUGAAACUCAUCAAUCGCUCUCGAGAAUCUGCGGAUGUUUCAUCGUUCGGCUUCGUCCAAGUCUCUCUACAGUUUAUCUCUCAAUCUGAGGCCACUAGCAAGCCUGUUGGACUAGGUCGAGAACCUCCGAAUCGCGAUCCACGAUUGACUACACCACAAGAGGGCCGGAAAUGGGAAGAUGUGCUUGGCUCUGCUGGACUUCGUGUCGAUUAUCGGCCUCUCUGGUACUGGGUACGCGUCGCGGCCGUUGUUUUUCUGUCUAUCUGGAUUUUCGUCGUGGCCUUCCUCUAUCCCUCGCUGCUGGGUUAGCUAGUGAUCGUCACGGAGCUACGGUGUUGUUUGGGAAUAUACACGCUGGUCGUGUCGACUAACGGAGGAGAAAAGAACACGCCACUACGCGAGGGCAAGGCACGAGCUCCAAGCGGGUGUGCUUCUAGUUCCCCGCAUAAUUAUGCAUUAUGUAGAACAGAAUUCGAAUCUGCCCACACCGUCGUAGGAUACAGAUUGUGUGAUCCAAUGCUUGUCGACACGUGAGUCUCGGUCAGCUGCACAGAGUUGGGAAGUAAUUUUUUCCCCGCAGCAUAGGUACUGCAGGAGCCUAAGGCCGUUCUCACUUGGCCAAAUAGAUAUUGUUGUAGGAAAGCACUUUAUCAGGUUGUGUCUUUUUUAAGUAGCGUUUGAUUUUCUAGUAAACUUGUCAAACCUCUCCAUCAAGGCGGAUUUUUGAGUUUUAAUGUUCGCACUAAA